UGGAGCCCAGAUUUUUGUAUUUGACAUUGUGUUAUCGUGCCAUCCUCUAUUACUUAUAAUAAGACCUUGUAGCAGCUCAGCACAAACCACAAGUGUCAAUUAUGGAUUUUAUCAACCUUAUUCUCAUCGUCAUUGUCGCUCUUUCUAGCACACCAAUCACCAUAAUGUCGGGAUCUGUCACAAACCGUAGUUAUUCAACUACAAACUCUUACACCAGUGUUGCUCUUUCUGCACAAAAAGGUGUAUUUCCUCCUUCAGUGAGCACAGAUUCUAAGGACGACUUAAUCUGCAGAACUUGCAAGAGAUUAUCAGAACAUCAUACAUGUUGUGUCACCUACAUUUGUGUUGAUUUGUACUUCGACAGAUUCAACUGUGGCUCCUGUGGCCUGGUUUGUAAACUUGGAGCAAGAUGCUGCGGUGGGAUCUGCGUUGACAUCAGGAAAGACAAUGGAAAUUGUGGCAAGUGUUAUAAUGGAUGCUCUCCUGGUCGGAACUGUUCCUUUGGCUUUUGUGUCUCUGCCUAAGUGUGUAUAUCUCUAUCUCUAGCAAACAAUAACCAGCUGGUCAAAUAACUAAUUCCCCCGUCUCCUGGGUGAAAUGUUACUGUAAUAACGUUGGACAUUUGCGCGUUUUCUCUUAAGUUUUCUAGUUAGAUAACUAGUUGUAAUCUCAAUUUUGGAUCAAUCAUCCAACCUAAAUCUGUAGAAGUUGAGAGAAAAUGGCAUUCAAUUACUAUGAUGAAAUCACUUGCA